AUGGUUAGAGGUGGAGCUGUUACUAGUCGGGGACACGGACAUGGUCGUGGACGCACACGUGAUCGUGGUAGGGGCAGAGGCCCAGUUGCUAGUGAGGGGUCUGUGAGUGUGGCUGGUGGUGGUGUCGAUAUGACCGUUGGCACUAAGGGGGUCGGUGUGGGCGGUGUCGGUGCCGGGUUGGCCGGUUGUACUGGAGUUUCGGGUGUGGGAGUUCCAGUAGGUGGAGCCCUUGGUAGAGAUGAUGUGAUUGCGGACUUGUUGGCGCGGAUGUUGGAGCAGUUGCCGGCAGUGGUACCAGCGCAGGCUCCGGGUUGUACCACCUGUGGUGGAGAAGGGGCAGCAGCCAGUGGCUGCGGGUGA